UGCUGAGCCGGCCUGGGAUCCCGGGUCGCGGCGCCUCCCGCCUGACCGUGUCCAAUCUAUCUGUCGGGUCCCGAGCGAGCUAACCCGAGUCCGUGCCGGCCGGGCGGGCUGGACUGAGAGAAUCCCCUGAGCUGGUGUUGGGUGCCAAGGCACUGGGGAUCUCACCAGGAGAGAACGGAGGAAGCUAGAGGCCAGUGAGAUGGCAGACGAGGCCUUAGCUGGGCUGGACGAGGGAGCCCUUCGGAAGCUGCUGGAGGUUACAGCGGAUCUGGCAGAGCGGCGGCGCAUCCGCUCAGCCAUCCGGGAGCUGCAGCGGCAGGAGCUGGAGCGAGAGGAGGAGGCCCUGGCAUCCAAGCGCUUCCGUGCAGAGAGGCAGGAUAACAAGGAGAACUGGCUGCACUCUCAGCAGCGGGAAGCCGAGCAGCGGGCUGCCCUGGCGCAGUUGGCAGGGCAGCUGGAGUCCAUGAAUGAUGUGGAGGAGUUGACUGCACUGCUGCGAGCUGCUGGUGAAUAUGAGGAACGAAAGCUGAUCCGAGCCGCUAUCCGCCGAGUUCGGGCUCAGGAGAUUGAGGCUGCCACCUUGGCUGGAAGGUUGUGCAGCGGGCGUCCCAACAGUGGCUCAAGAGAGGACAGCAAGGGACGGGCAGUGCACAGGCUGGACCGUCAUGAGGUACCAGAGCAAGAGGAACAGGAACAGCAGGCAGAGGUCCCAGAACCAACCCCAACCCCCAAGGGCACCAGCCAGGAUGUGACCACAGUGACACUCCUGCUGCAGGCCCCGCCUGGGGGCACACCCAGCUCAUCUGCCUCACCUGACAGUUCACCCACCACAGCCUCUCCUGAGCCUCCACUGGAGCCUGCUGAGGCCCAGUGCCCUGCAGCCAAGGCUCCAGGCAGUCCUGAGCCAUCCCCUAGUCUGCCCAAGACCACAAGCCCUGAGCCCCGGGAGUCACCAGCACCCCCCAGCACUGAGGGGCAAGUGGUCAACAAGCUCCUGCCUGGCUCCACAGAGCCCCCUGCUGUCCAGGGCCCCACCAGAGACCCCUCCAACACAAAGAGAGCAGACCUGGCUGGACCCCGACCCUGCCAACGCUCUCUGUCUGUGCUCAGCCCCCGCCAGCCAGCCCAGAAUCAAGAGUCCACCCCCCUUGCCAGCGGACCUUCCCUGUUCCAGCGGGCUGGCUCUGUUCGGGACCGUGUCCGCAAGUUCACAUCCGAUUCUCCUUUGGCUACCAGGCUCCAGGACAGCCCACCUAGGACCACCUUAGGUCCCCCAACCCCCUCAAGACUCCUCAGCCCCUCCCUCAUCAGCACCACCCCUGCCUCCUCCUCCUCCAGUGGCUCCUCCUCUAGAGGCCCCAGUGACACCUCCUCCUCCCAGUUCAGCAAGGAGCAAGGAGGAACAGCCCAGCCCCUGGCCCAGCCUCAGAGCUGCCCCCAGGAGGAGGGCCCCAGGGGGCGGGGCUUGGCUGCCAGGCCCCUUGAAAACAGAGCAGGGGGGCCCAUGGCCUGCUCAGAGGAACCCAGUGCCCUGCUGCCUGUGGCCGUGGGCACUGCCGAGCCAGGGGGUAGUAUGAAGACCACAUUCACCAUCGAGAUCAAGGAUGGCCGUGGCCAGGCCUCCACGGGCCGGGUGCUGCUGCCCACAGGCAACCAGAGGGCAGAACUGACACUGGGACUGCGGGCGCCCUCCAACCUGCUCAGCACCAACAGUGGGGGCAAGAGUACCAUCACUCAUGUCAGCAGCCCUGGGAGCCUGGCCCGGCUAGGCAGUGUCACUCACGUCACCAGCUUCAGCCAUGCCUCCCCUGGUAGCCGAGGAGGCUGCAGCAUUAAGAUGGAGCCAGAGCCAGUGCAGCCCCACACUGUGGCAGUGGAAGCGGCUAAUGGCACCAAGCAGACCCGAGUGGAAAAAGCACCAGAGGGGCGGAGCUCACUGAGCGCCGAGGAGCUGAUGGCUAUCGAGGAUGAAGGCGUCCUGGACAAGAUGCUGGAUCAAACCACAGACUUUGAGGAGCGGAAGCUCAUCCGGGCAGCACUGCGUGAGCUCCGACAAAGAAAGAGAGACCAGCGGGACAAGGAGCGGGAACGGCGGCUGCAGGAGGCACGGGCCCGGCCAGGGGAGGGCCGCAGCAAAACGGCCACCGAGACCACCACGCAGCACACCCAGCGGGCAGCUGAUGGCUCAGCUGUCAGCACUGUUACCAAGACUGAGCGGCUCGUCCACUCCAAUGAUGGCACACGGACGGCCCGCACCACCACAGUGGAGUCAAGUUUCAUGAGGCGAUCGGAGAAUGGCAGUGGCAGCACCAUGGUGCAAACCAAGACGGUUUCCUCCUCAUCAUCAUCCAAGAAGAUGGGCAGUAUCUUCGACCGCGAGGACCAGGCCAGUCCGCGGCCCGGCAGCCUAGCGGCUCUCGAGAAACGCCAGGCAGAAAAGAAGAAAGAGCUGAUGAAGGCGCAGAGUCUGCCCAAAACAUCAGCCUCCCAGGCGCGCAAGGCCAUGAUCGAGAAGCUGGAGAAGGAAGGCGCGGCAGGCAGCCCUGGCGGACCCCGCCCGGCGGUGCAGCGCUCCACCAGUUUCGGGGUCCCCAACGCCAACAGCAUUAAGCAGAUGUUGCUGGACUGGUGCCGAGCUAAGACGCGUGGUUAUGAGCACGUGGACAUCCAGAAUUUCUCCUCGAGCUGGAGUGAUGGGAUGGCCUUUUGUGCCCUGGUGCACAACUUCUUCCCUGAGGCCUUCGACUAUGGGCAGCUCAGCCCACAGAACCGGCGCCAGAACUUUGAGGUGGCCUUCUCUUCCGCUGAGACCCAUGCGGACUGCCCGCAGCUCCUGGAUACAGAGGACAUGGUGCGGCUUCGAGAGCCUGACUGGAAGUGCGUGUACACGUACAUCCAGGAGUUCUACCGCUGUCUGGUCCAGAAGGGGCUGGUAAAAACCAAAAAGUCCUAACCCCUGCUCGGGGCCCCACGGAUGCUAGUGGACUGCGUGCCCCUGGUAGAGGUGGAGGACAUGAUGAUCAUGGGCAAGAAGCCCGACCCCAAGUGCGUCUUCACCUAUGUGCAGUCGCUCUACAACCAUCUGCGGCGCCACGAGCUGCGCCUGCGCGGCAAGAAUGUCUAGUCACCCCGCCCGCACGGCCUGCCGCGGGAAGCUGCUGCCCCCAGCCUCCGGGCACGGUCCCCCCCGCCGUGCGCCUGCCCACCGCUGCCCUGUCAAUCGCAACACCUUACCCUGCAUACACACGCAGCGUUUUGAUAAAUUAUUGGUUUUCAACGAU